AUGCGCACUGGUAUCUUCCUCAGCGUCUCCUUUGCGACCAUAGUGUUUGCCCACUCGCAGAAACCUAUCGUCGACGCCAAUGCCGAUUGGAUGACCAAACACAUGGCUGAGGAGCACCAUGUACAGGGCUGGGACGCCGACUCCUUCUUCACCCUCCACGACUACAACGGCGACGGCUGGUGGCAAGCUGCCGAGCUUAUGCGAACAUACGGUCUGUUCGACGAGUCAAACAAGGGCAUGGGCGAUAAACGAAAGGAAGAGGUUCGCGAUAUUCUACUAGGACUUCUCGACAAGGAUUCCGACUCUUCGGUUAGUCGCAAGGAGUGGAUGGACUAUAUCAACUCGGGCAAAACACUCCCCGACUUGAACACCGGUCCUGGACACCACGGUGACGACGAGUACGAGUACGAGAUUCACCACUGGGAAAAGUACCACGACGACAACACCAAGCUCGAGGACCUGACACAUCCCGAAGACAUUGAGCACUUUAAGAAGCACGAUGAGAUGGAGGAUGCCCAAGAUCGCCUCGAGGCGAUGCAGAAGCUUUCCAUUGUCGAGGCCAACAUUCCUCAAAAGUUCCGACGACAAUAG